CGCUCUUCGUCAGGUCCUUCCGCUAGUGAUACCUAUAUAUACUAGUCAUAGCUCCUCUCUUUGCGGUUAUCAAACAAACACAACCACGCCACAUCGAAGCCCUGCGACCCGCACUGAACCUAGGACUUUACCACCAACACCACCUACAAGCUCCCACACAAUGACGCACACCUACAAGUUCAACGUUGCCAUGAGCUGCGGCGGCUGCUCUGGCGCUAUCGAGCGCGUUCUCAAGAAGCUCGAGGGUGUUGAGUCCUACAACGUCUCGCUCGAGAACCAGACCGCCGAGAUCACCGCUGCCGACUCGCUAUCCUACGACACCGUCCUCGAGAAGAUCAAGAAGACUGGCAAGACCGUCAAGUCCGGUGAGGCCGACGGUGAGGCCAAGGACAUCUAGAGAGUGCAACGUAGCAUGCACCUACGACAAGCUUUUGAUAUAUUGUUUUUGGGUCAACGAGCGAUGGAUUUCACGGCUGUGUUUGCGUGCAAGCUCUGAGCUGCCGCCACGGCCCUCUACAUCUGGUGCGAUUCUGUAGAUGCAGCGAAUGAAUGAAGAAUACCCUCCCA